AUGUUUCGAUGGUGUCGCCUACUGGUUGGGCUGGCGGUUUUGCAUACAGCUCCUGGAUGGUGGCGUGAGGAGUCGAAGACCGAGUCCGCGCCGAAGUUCAAGGAGGAGCCUUAUCGCUAUGCUCACUGGGUGUAUAACCAAACCUUUAGAAGCAACUACACGAUGGAUGACCUCUGGGCGUGGGCACCCACUAGCUGGGACGGAUGGCUGUGGAUGGCACUGGACGCAUUGGGAAGCACCAUAGGUUGGCUUAUAUUUGGGAGGAGCUGGGACCAGGUUCGCAGCGGCUUCUCAUUGAUACUGCGACUUGGUGCCCUACUGGCAGUGUGCAUCUCAGUUCACUACGUCUUGGCUUUGUGCUGGCCUAUCAUGUCUCUCUUGGUUGGCCUGGUGGUGACUUGCGUGUGGAUCGUGCGGACGCUCCUCAGGUGCUGUGGGCGCAUGGUUUUCUACACACAGAAAUGGACUGGAGGAGUACCGGAGGCCACGGAAGCGAGUUUCUUUGGGCCGGAAAUCGGCGAACCACCUGAGACUGGCGAUCUGAGACGUUUGAAGAAAGGGGCCGACGGAGAUAGAUGGGUUCUGGUGCGCAGGAGCGGAAAAACGGUGAUUUUCCGAGUGCAGGACUCGAGCAGCAUUCGGUCUUCAGGUUUGCACCUCACCGUGGAGCCGGGUACGCUUCGAGGUGAUGAGGAGCUGGUGUCAGCGCUGCAAGGGCACGAUCGUGUUCACAUAUGUCGACAUGAAGCAUGCAGCGAGGAGGGCCCCCAUUUCAAGCAGUAUGCCACGGUUAAGGUUUUCCAGCCGGAGAAGUUCCAGCUCGCGGUGGCUGCUUCUGGAGCACAACAGGCGGGGACUCAAAUGGUUGGAUGGUUCCGGCGAAGUGCUACCACUGUCGCUAGGAAGGCACGUGACAUGACUUCCGAGUCCGAGACGGAAACACUGCCUUGUCUGGCUCACCAAUUGCGGUGGGAGGAUGAUCAUGGACGUCAUGUACUGAGUGAUGAGCGGUGUAGGCAGGUAGGAUCGGAAUCUAAGGUUCUGGAUGAGGACUUGCCCUCUGACGUAGGAGUUUGCACCCUUUGCUCAAACCACAUGUCUAAGUAUCUUAGUGGAAGGUUCCAACUUAAGUGUGCUGUAGCUGACUGCUCGCGGCUCGGGCAUGUGGGAGCUGGUGGACUUCGAACUUGUGCUCAACAUGAAGAAGCUCAACGGUCUUCAUCGCGGAGGUCUUCUCGGUCACGCUCACGAGUUCGACAUCAUGGAGAAGCUCUACCCGGUGAUGAUGCUCAGGGAGAAGGUGUACGACGGCGAGUUCGACCCGAUCCUGGAGAAGAUCAACAAGGAGAUGGAGCAGAGUGGUUGCUGGAAGAGACGAAGGAUGUGGCUCCUCCAGCGCGUGGGACAAGGGCUCGAAAGCGGGCUGUAGAGGAUGGGUCAUCCGGAAGGACACCAAAAUCUGGAGUUCAGCGGAGUUUGGCCAGACUGGGAAUGAUCAACUCCCCAGAUCGGCGAGAGGUUCUCACAACAUUGGAGGAGUUUUUGGCACAGUAUGUGGAGGCAAAGGAGCUGGGCGUCGACGAGGAGGACGUGCGCAAUCAGAUGGCAGCGUCCUGCGGGCUCAAUGUGGUGGAGUUCACACAGAUGCUCUAUGACCAGGGCGUGGAGGAGCAGCGCAAGGGUACCAAGGGCUUGACGAAGUUUCUUGCAAAGUGGAGGAAACAGCUGGCUGCGGGAAGAAUGUCCACAACGUCAAUGACCCCGCCUUCGAGCUGGAGCCUGGUGGGAAGUCCUGAAGGAAGUGCGGCUGGGCCCCCGGUGGAAGGUGCGAAGGCUUCGGAAAGCACGACGCCUCCAAGCAAGCCCAGUUUGGUAGUGUUGGGCCCACCAGGCAUCUAUUCAAGUGAAGAUCGGAAGGCAGGUACAGGAGGCUCAGGAGUUGAUGGAGGCAUGACGGACUUGGCAAAGGCCAUACAGCAUCAGACGGCAGAGCUGGCGCACUUGGUCAAGGCGCAGAGUGAGGUCAACCCUGGGGCCAAUGCAGGAACCAUGCGGGGUUUGGGAAAGACUGCGGAGGAGUUGGUUUUCUUACUCCGAGCAUGUGGGCAGUACACGGUCGAGGUGGGGCUCAACGAGCACGGUGCAGAUCUGGCCACGGCUUUGCUCAACGCUCAGGCUGGUGCUUCUACGAAGCUGAGGAGUUCAGGAUUUCGUCAGCGAGUCACCCAACGUCUUGCAAUCGGUUUGGCAGGCCCCUUUUGGGGGACACAGGAGAAGUUUGCCUUGUCCGCAUCAGACUUCGUACCAUGUUCAGAUGCUGAGUUGGAUCAGUUUGCGGUGGACGCCAGGACGGGAAAGCAGCAGGCUGAACAACGCCCUCCGCCACCGACAAGGUACGAAGACUGGAGCAGUCGUGUCAAACGCCAGACCGACAUUUGGUGCUUGGUUUAUGGAAAGGAGUGGCGGGCAGUUCGAGAACAUGCAGCACAGGUGUUGGGCGAGUGGCAUCUUGGGGCACCUCAUCGCUGGCCGCUGCAAGUCCUGAUCGAGGUUUGGGAGGAGCUACACUGGCGGUUCAUCGAGGAGCUCAAGGGAGAACUUCGAAAAAUCAAAAGCACUUGUGGCCGUGAGUCUUUGUCUUUGGCCGACCUCAAGUUCUAUGCCCUGAUGCCGGAUGAGAACGGAUGCCCCCCGUUACAAUUGCCACGAACGUUCGACUUGCACAACCCAGAUGGGUGGUUCAUGUCUGAGGUUCUUCCGAGGAUUGACCGGCGACAAGAACGGCUUUUGUGGAAAUUGACGUGGGAAGGAGCAGCAAAGAGCAGAGGGCCAAGCCAACAGGCUGGAGGAGAUGGCAAGGUGGAUGACAAGCUGACCCUCAAGACACUUUUGGGGCCCAAGCUCACGGCGGAGGAAAGCUCGAGGGCAAAGGAUAGAGCUCCCACCAGCAAGGAUGGAAAGCUACUCUGUUGGGGUUUCCUGUCGCACCUGGGAUGUCAGCAAGCUAAUUGUCAACGUGCUCACGAGCAUCUACGUGGCAGCUUUGAGGCUUUGGACGCAGCCGUGCAAAUGCAGCUACUACGACGAGGAGGGCUGAAGCGCAUGCGACCAGAGAAUAAGGAGUCUGCCGCCGAGAAGAUCAAAGAGCUGCGCAGCAUGGUUGCCAAGGACAAGCAGGACAAGGUGAAGGAUGGGCAGAGCCGUCGACGAGCUGGCCAAGAAGGAGAUGGAGCACAGGCGGUUGAAGAGCCGCAGAACGGUGAGCAGAGGGCAGGUGGAGUUACAUGGAGGGCUCCAGAGGAGUUCAUCGACGUCGACUUCACCAAGCAGGAGCAGGAGUUCGAGUCCAUUGUCAAGGGCCCCGACCAGGCGGUGUUCAAGCACAUCCCGGUGGAAGGAAGGGCGCAUGCAGGACGUCACGGUCAAUCAGCCACGGCGCAAGCGCAAGAAAUGCUGAAAAGGGCCCAAGAAUUGUCGCAUGGACCUGUUCUUGGUCGUCUUCAAGGAGCUUCAGAUGAUCUCUACGCCUGGGCAGCGGCGAGGGUCGCCAACGAGCCAAACAUCACCUUUGUCGAGCUCUUGGAGGACAUGGUUCAGUACGGUCUUGGAGAGUUGGCGGCGGAGGCUGCAACCUUUUUGGAAGGCACAGAGGAAGCCAAAGCAGGUAGCAGCAGGAGAUGCGUGGUCUCGGGCACUGAAUGGACAGCUGAAGGACCCGGAAGAGCACAGGUGCUGUUAGAUGGGCAGGCAUGGGCUAUGUACGACUAUAAGGAAGAGGUCCAGAUGACGGAGGAGUUGGCAGGGCUUUUGGGCGUAGUGGUGCCAGAAGUGGAGCGGCGGCAGUGCGUCACCAAGGUUCUCGCGGCUGGUCAUCUUCAUGGAGUACGUGGCGGCGGUCUUCCGAGUAUGCAGGAGGUUGAGGAGCUGGCGCAGCAGUUCAGAUUGGAACAGGCGAGGCAAGCGGUUGAAGCAGAAGGCGUGAUGGGACAUGCGGAGGCCAAGGUAUCUGCCAUGGAACAUGAGUUGAGGAUGUAUACGCAUGACAUCCUCAAAGCCCACCAUGACAAGGACUACAGAGCGUUGGCAGUCUUUCCCUUGGAGGCUUUGGUGCGGCUCGUGGUCAUCAGAACGGACUACAAGGGCGACUACAUCCCAGAGGUCGUACAGGGCACUCAGUGGAAGACGGGGCAACCCAGCAUUUGGGCUCUGAUUUACAAAGGGCACAUGACAUUGUUGGUGCCCCCAUCGGACGAGGAAGCCGCUCGAGUUCUCAAGCAGUUUGAUGCCUAUACUACGCCUACGCUGGGGUUUCGGUACUUUUGGCACCAACGACAUGAUCAACCACGAACUUCCCCGGGCGUUGUAGCCUGCAGGCACUGCAAGCCUCCGAAACGGGCAGGGACUCACUAUGAAAACAUGCUUGUGAGAAAGGUGUCAUGCUUGGCGGCAGCAGCGGUGUGCGCUGGGGGCAAGUCGACCCAAUACCAUGUUCGAGCUGCACAAGAACCCCGAGGGCCUACUGGGCUUGCCUUGCGUGAGUAUUUUGCAGGGCAUGGAGUCAUCACCAAAGGAUGGCAGGCAGCCGGAGAGACAGCCCGGGAACCCAUUGAGCUGUAUGAGGAUCCACACGCCCGAACGGGCAGACGUGCGGAACAUGAUUUGGCUGACUUCAAGGUACAACAGCGCUACUUGAAGGCCAUUGAUGAGGAUGAGGCAAAUGUGCAUUGGUUGGCAUGCCCCUGCACUACCUUUUGUGAUUGGAACUUGCAGAACAAUGGGACCCGUACCUUUGCCAAUCCAGAAGGCCGUCCCAAUGAGAAGGAGGCAAUGGGUAAUCAGCUGGCGGAGUUUGAGGCUGCUGCGUUCCUUCGAGCUCUUGAACGAGGACACUUUCCAGUGGCAGAGAGUUCCGGGCGCUCUGGCAGAUACCCCAAGAUGUGGCAUCUACCUUGUUGGGAGAAAAUCUUGAGGCGCCCAGACGUGGACUUCUUGGAGGUGGACAUGUGCAGCUAUGGCUUGGCGCCGUUGGAUAUGCAGGAUGGAUCCCACUUUUAUCGGCACCGCACAGGACUGGCAUUUCCUCGACAUCCUGCUUUCCGACAAGCUCUCUUUCGACUAUGUCCCGGUGUUUCCGACCGGCAUCAACAUGUCCCACUCCAAGGUUGCCGGCCAGACACUACGGUCACACGCUGCACGGAGGCAGGUGUUUAUGCUGAUGCCUUCGUCGCUGCAGUGGUGGAAGCGCUCCAGAUGGUUGUGGUGGGGGGUGGUAGGCAUACACCGCCAUGUACAAUUUCAGCUGGAGGACAAGCCCCCACGAGGGGAGGACGUGAGGCAGAAGUCCUUCCAGGAGGUCGAUCGCCAGGAUCAAGUUCAAGCGGCAGCGACGCCUCCUCGUACAGCAGCGAAGGUGAGGAUGAUGAUCGUGGAGGACCAGGAGGCGAUCCAGAGGAUGAAGAAGGGGAGGUUGGAGAAGGGCUUGUUGGGGAAAGUGAGCAAGAGGAAGAGGAUGAAAUCACAACCCCCACCAGUGUGGCUGACUCACCUCCUUCUGGUGUUUCACAGCCUGAUUCCCCGUGGAGCCACACAACGGAGAUGCUUGGUGCGGAGCUGGCAGUCAACAGAGGAGGAGGGGACGAGUGCUUCUACAACUCUGAGACGGGCCUGCUGUGGAUUUGGUGUGAGAAUGCGGACCCUGAGAACCCAUUGGAGCUGAUGGAAAUCCAGGACAACUGGGAGCAACAGCUGAAUUGUGAUGGCCCCUUUGAAAGGUGGACGGGAUGGUCAGUUUUCCAGAUCAAGGACUUCCCGACGCCCAGGGAUUUCCCAUGGGAUUUGGGGGCGGAACAACAAGGUGAAGAUGAAGAAGGAGGUGGUGCCGACGAACGUGGAAACCCGAGACCAGAAGGUAGCAAUGGUAACCAAGAGGGUGGAGCAUCGGCAGCAAGCGACGGAGACCGAGAGAGAGGCAGUGGGGCUGAAGGUGACCGAGCGGCAGGAGGGUCGAGAUGGACUUCAUUCGAGGCUGAGGGCAUCGACAAGAUUGCGGAGGAGGCAGCUUUCAAGUACAUCGAGACCAUUGACGGCAUCGAGGACCAGGAGGACACUACAUGGAGAAAGGUGUGUAAGGCAGGUGAUCAAUUGCUGUCAUCAGCGGGAUCGGUUGAAAAAGCGGCGGUGGCACUCUGGAUUGCCAGGGAAAGACUUGGCAGGCACAAUCUUCAGGGCGUUGACGACCCGGACAUGGAGGGCCUGCUACACCCAGAUCACCUAGCUUACCUUCGAGAUGUACGAGCUCAAGGUAUGGCAGCAAGGUAUGAGGGUCAAAGAGAGCGGAAGAGCACAGUUCCGCAUCCACGAGCACGAGAGAACAUGCAGCAGGUGUACCGGCAGCUCAUGAAGGAUGUGGCGAAGCAUCGAGUUUUGGUGGUAAGUGCAGGCCAUGAAGGCCUGGCGCACACGGAGUCCUCCCCGUUCGAAGCGGUCCCGAAGAUGCUGCCCAACAGAACGGUAUCAGCGGAAGUGAGGAUACUGUUUUGGAAGGCCUAUUUCCCGAAGGUGCCCGUCAUGCUCGCCAAGAAGGACGUUGCAGGAGCAUUCAGGUUAUUGUGGCUCGAUCCCCGGGAUGUGGAACUCUUCGCGGGGGACUUGCCGUGGCAGCCGCAAUUGAUGGGAACGGGAGGCUCGUGGGAGAAAGGGGAUCCUCCGGGUUUGACCAUGCUAUUCCUGGUGAGCAGCUUUGGCUUCUCAGGAUCUCCAGGGGAGUGGACCGCAUGGGGAAGAGGCACGGAGGAGAUGCAUCGGUGCUUCAAGCCCCAACAACCCAGAAGGGAUGGCGAGGUCAACUUUGAUGGCAAGAUCUUGGUCGAUGACAUGGUGCUGGUGGAACCGCAGGUGGGACUACGACCGUGGGUUUCGAGCGAGGUCUACGAGUGGGCGGUCCGGAAGGUUUUGGGCGAUCAGGCAAUCAACGCGCAGAAGGAUGCCGAAGAAGGAAGUUUUGCAGAGGCCCAAACGGUGUGGGGAGUCAUCAUCAACGCCAGGACGGAGAAGAUGGCCCUGCCUGAGGCUCGGGUUUUGAAGGGAGCGUAUCUGCUAGCCGAGCCGCAGUUCAACUAUGGUGAGAUGUGGUUGACGCUGAAAGAUCUGCAACGUUUCCGAGGCAUAGCAACCGGCUGGGCGACAGUUGUGCGGGGGCUACGUAAUGAGCUGAAGGCGGCGGACAGGUUCCUUGGAGGCCUUGACGGAGGAGCAAGAGUACGACCGUCAGGUUGUCGAGACGAGGCGGAGGAGCAGCAGGCCUGGGAGGAUUUGUGGGCAUUGUUCGAAGACUGCCGGUGGCUUUGCACGAGAUCCGAAACGUGGUCGGAAAAGUUCGGCGGGGACAUCAGGGAGAUGCUCAGCCCCAUGGAGAGGGUGGCCCUGCCCGGAAAGCAAUACGGUGGGGCCGUGUUUGUGACGUCGGAUGCGACCCUGGAUGUUCUGGGCGCCAUUGACUGGACCAACGGCUGGGCGUGCAGACAGGAGAUCAAGGAGUUGAUGCCCUGGAUUGGACAGAUCUUGGCGGCAGAGAACAUCGGAGAAGAUGCCAAGCUCGCGAUCCACCUGGGAGAGAUGUUGUCCUUCGUGGCCUUCGCUUGCAGAGUUGGUGGAUCUUGGACAGGCAAAGUCGUGGUGUAUGGAGGAGACAACAAGACGGUCUACCACUGGAUUGCCAACCGCAAGAGCGGAGUCAGGGCAGGUCGUUUGCUCAUCAGGGUGCUCAACUUGGUGGAGAUGCGAUACCGAUGCUUGGUGGUGGGCGGUUGGUGGCGCACGUAUCACAACGAGGAGGCUGACGCAAUCACACGCCUCCCUGAGGAAGAGGUGACGAAGAUGAUCAGUGAACGAGGGUGGACACUGGUGGAUCUGAAGAACGCCAUCAAUCAGGCGUUGGAGGACACGGAGCGAUUUGGGCCUUGUUUCCUAUCUUGGGGAGAUGAUGAGGAUCGGUACGAACAGAUGAAGCUACGGGAACUACGUCGUCUUCGAGCUCUUCACAGACUUCCUGGCAGCCUGGAGAACCUCGACAUCAAGGAGUGGACUUCGCAGGAGCGAUUGGUCAAGGACUUCGAGUACUUUGGUGUGGCGGUCGCGGACGUCAAGCUGGCGAAGGUCGUGGCAGCAACGAUUGGACCAGACCCUAAAGGGCGUGUGGUGCGCAGGUUUUGGCAGUUUUUGCAUGAGGAAGAAUUCGAUGUGGCAAUUUUGGAGGGCCCUCGCGAAGUCGAUUGGACCCUGUGUGGCCAGCUUGCAGAACAAGCUGGUUGGAACUACAACGUGGCGGAGUUCCUCACCCCGGAGCUUGGGGAGUUGUUGGUGCGGCGGCGGCGGGCUAUGUUCAUCAGCAAGCACAUCUUCACGGACGAGGAGCUCGCAGUUUGGUUGGUCAAGGUCGGCGCUCACGUGUGGCUCGAAGAAGGGGGACCACGGGUGUCCGUCUACAAACUACAUGGACCCGGUCGGUGGCCGCUCACAAAGGAGGACGCAGGCGUUGAAGAGCUCUAUGUGGUCGACCGAGCGGCCCCGGCAGGGUUGGUGCGAAAGCUCACGGCCGAAGAGGUGUGGCGAGCACAAGGGCGCACGCGGCUCGAGUGGGAGGAGAUCCAGAAAGCUGUCGGAGAGGAGCAGGCUUCGAAAGAGGGUUGCAGAGGCACAGGCAGGAGAACAGCCCUAGCUCUUUUGGGAGUCGCAGCGGACCUAUGCAUGAAGGACGUGGACGAUGGGAAGGCAGGCAUGUGUGCGGACUUUGAGGAUGCACGGUCGCUGGGAACGCUAUUGGCAUGGCUGAGAAGGUGGCGUCGAGGGGAUUUUGGUCGAGCAGUUCCAAACCGAAAGGCGGGAGGUGUCGGCGAAGAACGGCGUGUCUGGUGGUGGGGAGAAGAGCUGUGGAUCAAUGCCCUUGACGAUGAAGUUCCCGUUCCCGGCGGGUACAAGGCUGGCGGAGGUGAGGAGUCCGGAUCUGAGAUCGAGGUGCUAAGUGAGAAGGCAGGAGGCCGCAAGAAAAGCAGCCGAGCUCAGGUGGCGGAGGCACAGAAGGUGGUCGAGCUGAAGCCAGGACUAGUAGCAGACCUGGAUGUGCAGGCGCAGGUAGAGGAGUGGCUGCAAGAACACAUGGAUGGUGACAAGGCCGCCAGCACCCAGAAGGCCUACCAGGCGGCAUGGGAGAAAUGGUGCGACUGGAGUCGACGGCAGAAGUGGCUGACUCCUUACCUAGAUCACCGUGCAGACCCCUUGGAGAACGAGAACAAGUUGCUGGGGUACCUGGGCUACAUGGGCUGGUUAGGUACGUCGGUGGCCUCGCUCAAACAGGCAGUGUUCGCCAUCAAAGAUGCUCACAAACGGGCAGGACAUGGGGAUACUACAGGGAAGAUGCACCGCUUGUGGAUCAUCCUGAACUCCUUGGAGCGUUCCGCGCCCAAACGGCCCCGACGCCUUGGGGUCACCAUUCCCAUGCUGAAGUGGGUGAGCCAGAAGUUUGCAGAAGGACCGGCGAUGGGAGGCCAGGUGAGGGUCGACUGUCGUGUGAUGAUGGCGGCACUGCUUACGGCGUGGUUUUUCAUGCUCCGAGCCCGAGAAUUCUGCGACUCAGGAGGGAUCGACGAGGAGAUGAUUCUUCGUGGACAAGAUCUGCAAUUCUCAGUGCAGGGGGAGAAGGUGAACGACAGAGCGGAGGAGGUCACACUCCAAUUCCGAAAAACCAAGUCCGACCAGUUGGCCUUUGGUACAUGCCGAACAAUGAGGAGGACUGGAGUGGACGGCAUAUGUGUCGUGACGGCUCUCGAGAGGAUGAAGGAGGUGACGGAGCGGCGCUUUGGGGGAGGCCCAGAAGCUCAUCUCCCGUUGUUUCGGUGGUCGUCAGGGCAGGUGAUCAAGCGGCUGGAGGUGCAGAACAUCCUCCAGCGUGCUGCUCGGGCCGUGGGUCUCCCAGCUGAGCGUUUUCAAUCGCACAGCCUUCGGAUCGGGGGUGCAUCGGCAUUGUAUCAGGCGACCGGAGAAGUGGAGGUGGUCAAGCGCACCGGCAGGUGGACUUCGGGGGCGGUGCACCGCUACUUGCACGACGGUGGGGACGUGCUCAAGGGCUUGGCGGAGCGCAUGGCCUCGAUCGACCAGUAUGUCCACUACACCUAG